AUGGCGGCACGGCGUAUGAUCGGGCCUCCGGCUGCCGCCCAGUACAUUGAGGAGCACAACCUGCAAAAGGUGGUGGAGGAUGCCAUCAACGCCACCAUCAAGGCCAAGCCCUCAGAGCCCUUCUCCUUCAUGGCGGAGGCCCUGAAGGGCAAGGCCCCCUCCGCCAUCAUCUCCGUGGAGGCGGAGGUGAAGACGCACCUGGGCACCUUUGUGGCGGAUGUGCCCUCCGGCGCCUCCACCGGCGCCCACGAGGCUUGCGAGAUGCGCGACGGCGGCGAUGCCUACAUGGGCAAGGGCGUGCUCACUGCUGUGAAGAACGUGAACGACAUCAUCGCCCCCGCCCUCAUCGGCCUGGACCCCAUCAAGCAGACAUACCCCGACGUCCCGCGCUGUCCCGCACCCAACCGAGAGCAGGAGGAGAUUGACGGCAAGAUGAUUGAGCUGGACGGUACCGACAACAAGUCCAAGCUGGGCGCCAACGGCAUCCUGGCCGUGUCGCUGGCGGUGGCGCGGGCUGGCGCCGCCCAGAAGGGCGUGCCGCUGUACAAGCACAUUGCCGACCUGGCGGGCAACACCAAGCUCAUCCUGCCCUCCAAUGAGGAGGGCCUGGUGCUGAUCAGCGAGGCGCUGAAGGCGUCGGGCCACGAGGGCAAGGUCAAGAUCGCCAUGGACUGCGCCGCAUCCGAGUUCUACUGUGAGCAUGGGCGCAGCGUGACCCGGGGGCCGCGGCGGCGGCGGGUGGCAGGGUCGGGCGAGACCGAGGACUCCUUCAUCGCCGACCUGGCGGUGGGCCUGUGCACGGGCCAGAUCAAGACGGGCGCGCCGUGCCGCUCCGAGCGCCUGGCCAAGUACAACCAGCUGCUGCGCAUUGAGGAGGAGCUGGGCGCCGAUGCUGUGUAUGCCGGGGAGAACUACAGGCACUUCCCCAUCGCCUGA